AUGCUCAAAUCAACAUACACAGCUCCACCUCCGUUGCCGCCGGGGUGGUCGGAGCAUCGAGCGCCUUCAGGUCAUUUGUACUAUUAUAAUGCUGCCACAAAGCAGUCAACAUAUACUCGACCAAAGGAGCAGCCUUCUCAACCCGCACCGCCCGCUCCAGACCCUGCACAAAGUCUCCCCUACUACGCGCCCGAAACACUACCACCUUUUCCUCUACGCCCUAUGGACCGGCAGGCUUCACACCUGGUGCGGGGCAAUUCGGCCAACAGCAACAUGGACAGGGUCGUGGUGGGUUCCGCGGAGGAAGAGGCCACCAUGAUCGAGAGCGACGGGAGCCACCGGACAGACCAAAGUCGAAGCAUCCCAUUCCCGAUUGCGCGCCAUGGGUCCUUGUGA